GACUGCUCAAUCGAUGAAGUGCGAGAAGAACUACCGCAACAGCAACCACGUUUCCUUCUAAUCAGCUAUACCUUACAUCAUUCAGAUGGGCGGACCUCGUAUCCAAUGUGUUUGGUAUUUUAUAGUCCUGAUGGUUGUUCGCCAGAACUGCAAAUGAUGUAUGCCGGUAGUCGGAAUAAUUUAGUGAAGGAAUGUGAACUAACGAAGAACUUCGAAAUUCGUGACGCUGAAGAGCUAACCAAAGAGUACCUCGACUCGAAACUCAGUUGA